CGGCUGGAGAGGGCGAGAAGGGCAGACGGGACGUGCAGCCUCUUCCGCCUGGGGCCCGGAAGGGUGAUGUGGCUGCGGCAUCGCCGGCCUCGCUAUGAUGGAGUCUCCCUCUGUUGCCCAGGCUGGAGCGCAGUGGCAUAAUCUCGGCUCACUGCAACCUCUGCUUCCCGGGUUCAAGCAAUUCUCCUACCUCAGCCUCCCGAGUAGCUGGGACUACAGGCGUGCACAACCACACCCGGCUAAUUUUUGUAUUUUUAAUAGAGACGAGAUUUCACCGUGUUGGCCAAGAUGGUCUCAAUCUCUUGACCUCGUGAUCUGCCCACCUCAGCCUCCCAAAGUGCUUGGAUUACAGUCUGCCAUUUUCAAUUUUCAGAGUCUAUUGACUGUAAUCUUGCUGCUUAUAUGUACCUGUGCUUAUAUUCGAUCCUUGGCACCAAGCCUCCUGGACAGAAAUAAAACUGGAUUGUUGGGUAUAUUUUGGAAGUGUGCCAGAAUUGGUGAACGGAAGAGUCCUUAUGUUGCAGUAUGCUGUAUAGUAAUGGCCUUCAGCAUCCUCUUCAUACAGUAGCGGGGGAAAAUGCCAGAAUUUAAUUGCCAUCAGAUUUCAUUGUGAACAAGGACUUACUGCAGAAAAUAAUGGAAAGGAUGUUUAACUCUUUUUAUCUCCGAACAUCGAAUGAGAUAAAUUUCCAGAUGCUGUUCUCUAUUUUCAUGUUAUUGGACCAGUGUUCUGUAUAAACAAUUAAGAUGUAACCAUUUAAUAGUCUGUAACAAUCAACCUCAGUACUGUCACUACAAUAUUACAUUCUGCAAAUGUUGUUCUGUUGUAUCAGAUACGAAAUUUUAGUGAGGUAUCUCUAAGGCACAUAGUAGAAAACAAAAUUGGUUAAUUACUCAAGUUCCUUUCACUGUGAUUUGGAAAUGAUUUAAUCUUUAUAGAAUGAGACCCUUUUUUGGACUAGCUUUUUUAUUAAAAUGGCUCAAUUUGUGUUGAUAAGGAUUGCAUUCAUAUUUAAUAGUGCUUGCUUUUCCUCUGGGCACACCAUUUUGAUCAUUAACCAGAGUACCUCUACUCUUAGCAAACUCUAGUUUAUGAUAAGUAUUUAAAAUAUUUAAAACAAGCUUAUGCAGUUCUUAAGGACGAAGGUAAAUGAGAUGUAACUUAAAAAUAGUAUUGAGAAAAUGUUGAUAUUUAACAUUAGUGGAUUUAGAUUAGCCAAAUGGCAUAGUAGGCUCUGAAACAUCUUGUCAAGUAUACAUGUUUUGUGCAUGAAUUUUUACCAGAAAGCUAUCUUUCUCUGAAAAACAACAUUCUUAGGAUGAAAAGAACAAUUAUAAAAUAAUUAUCCUAUAUGUGUUUUUCGUUUUUAGUGUCAUGGCUUCAAAAAUGAAACAUUUAUUUUAAUUGCCCUGAAGAAACUGUAUUUUUGUUUUGUUUUUUAACACAGCACUUUAAAUCCAGUUUGUGUUUUGUCAACUUGAACUGGAAUCUCUUUUGUUACUUUGGAGGUGAUAAAUAGUUUUCAAAUCUACUGAUUUGUAUACUGUGGCAUAAGUAUCUUUGAACUUUGAUAGUGAAAGGAGACCUUCAACAAUUUUUAGUCUAAGCAAGAGGAAUAUUGGAAAUGUGACUUCUAAAUUUUACAAUAGAGCAGUUAUUUUAAGGUCGUGGUUAACAUUUCUUAAGGUUCAACUGAAAUUCAGUUAAAAUUUCGGAGCUAAGAAGAACUUAAAUCUUAGCUAAAAAUUACCUGUUGUAGAUAGUAUUAAUUAGAUUGUUUGCAGCUAUUAAUUCAUCAUAAAGGUAAAAUGAAGAAACUCUCCCUUUUUAAAAAAAAAAGAAAAGUAUUUCUAGAUUAAUAGGCUAGUAGUUAUUUCUGCAGAAACAAAGUAUGGAACUGAAAGCCACCUAUUUUUAUUUUAGACUAAACCACUUGGAAUGGAUUCUAGGAAACAUCUUAAACUUGUGUGUUGCCUGUGGUGGUUUUUUGUUUGGGGGUGUAUUUUGGUUUUGGUUUGAUUUUCUGUAUUUUGUUAUCUGGGGAUUUUUUUGUUUGUUUGUUUUGAUUUGGUUUUGGUUUUAUAUUUUUGGCAUGUCUGUGGCAGUUAAAAGUGGUGUAUUUUGCUUUAGAUAGGGAAUCAGGUUAUAAUCAUUGUUCUUCCUCUAAACUGCCUCUUGGGCUUUACAUCAGGUCAAGGAUUUUCAGGGUUUCUCAAAAAUAGGAUUCUUGUAGUGUAUCCAUGCUGAGUAAGUCACCUUUCUGGCUGUAAUUUCUGGGUGGCCAUCUGUUGUCCAGCUCUGCUGCCAACUGGACUUUCUGAAAGCCACGUCAACUAAUUUUUUAUAUGCUAAGACAAAUCGAAUAUGAAAAGAGGAAGAAUAUUCUAGAUAUUCUAAGACAUUUCUUAAUUUGGCAUCUCAGAGGAGGUAGGUGGAAAGUAAAGGAAGAGAUAAUUUUGGGGGAAAAUUUGUGGAAACAUACAAAACUUUUUGCUAUAUAUAGAUGCUAAACAGUGGGAGGCAACAUAUUUGUAACAACAACCAUUCUGACCUUUUGAAACACAAGCUCUUGCAAGUCAGGGAGAGACACAGUAUGAAUAAAAGCAAUUAACAUUUUCUUUAAUGUAUAUUUUUCAGAGAGGACCACUGAAUCCUGUUCUCUAACCCAAAGGGCAGUGUAGGUGGUUUUAAGCCCACAGAAUAUUGAGAUAUUUCUCUUGCGGUUUUGGUGGGGUGGUGGGAUGCAGAAGGUUAUUAAAGAUCAACUUAAGCAUCAGAAUAUCUCUUUUAGAUUUUUAACUUUUAUUUUAGGUUCAGGGGUACAUGUGCAGGUUGUUAUAUAGGUAAACUCAUGUCAAGGGGUUUUGUUGUACAGAUUAUUUUGUCACCCAGGUGCUAAGCCUAGUGCCCAGUAGUUAUUUUCCCUGCUCUUCUCCCUCCUCCCUACCCUCCACCCUCAAGUAGGCCCCAGUGUCUGUUGUUCCCUUCUUUGUGUCCUUGAGUUCUCAUCGUUUAGCUCCUACUUCUAAGUGAGAACAUGUAGUAUUUGGUUUUCUGUUCUGUGUUAGUUUGCUAAGGAUAAUGGCCUCCAGCUUAGAUGGAAUAUCUCUAUCAUAUAGACCUGUUGUUACAGGGUAGGAUCGGAUGAUGGACACUGAAGUCCUCAGCUUGCUGGCUUCAGAGUCUUUUGAUUCCAUCUAUCCUGGCAUUUUUUGUGUGCUGAUGUUUAGUUCCGGAUUGGCUUCAGCUGUGCUAAUAGGAAGGGCGUUAUCUUUUCAAGCAAUCUUAGAAGGUGGUCAAUCAAAAGGCCAGAGUCUGAAUCCCUUCUGUGGCUUAAAUAAUUUGAGGAUCAAGUCCAGUGUCUUGUUAAUCCCUGUUCUACAGUGUCAGGCAAUAUCUUGAAUGCUCUUAUAUAUUCAGGUUCAAAAUCGCUCUUUCAUACCGGGGGAUGAUAGUAAUGUGUAACUUGCAAUAGAUUCCUUCAUCUUAGUAAUAAGAUGAUCAGUCUAGUUAGGACAAAAUAGAGAUUGAAUAAAUUAACUUUUCCAAGUUUACAGAGUAAAAAUGAGCAGAUCUCUGCCUGGUUUUGUGAAAAAGACUUAGCACUGGUAGAUAGAAUAUUUCUAUUUCUACACCAUUCUUUCAGUAUAUCAUCACUGAAGACAGGAAGAUAGGCACACAGAUUCUUCCUCGUAGUAAUUCAUAGUGCACUAGGUGGAAGAGAUGAAGUAUGUAUUAAAAGUACAAUGUGAUGGCAUUUAUUAUUCAGAUAAUCCCAGGAUUCUAGAAGAAAACAAAGAAGAGUGACAGUUCAGUUAGGGUGUGAACUUCCAGAGGAGCAUUGCUUAAGCUGAACAUGAGAGCAUUGUGCAAAAGCACAGUAGUCUGUUAAGAACUAGAAAUAGGCCGGGCGCGGUGGCUCAAGCCUGUAAUCCCAGCACUUUGGGAGGCCGAGGCGGGCGGAUCACGAGGUCAGGAGAUCGAGACCAUCCUGGCUAACACAGUGAAACCCCAUCUCUACUAAAAAUACAAAAAAUUAGCCGGACGUGUUGGCAGGCGCCUGUAGUCCCAGCUACUCGGGAGGCUGAGGCAGGAGAAUGGCAUGAACCCGGGAGGCGGAGCUUGCAGUGAGCCGAGAUCACGCCAUUGCACUCCCGCCUGGGAGACAGAGCAAGACUCCGUCUCAAAAAAAAAAAAAAAAAAAAAAGAACUAGAAAUAACCUAGCUUGUGCCACUUUGGGAGUAUUAAGACAUAAGCCUAGAAAGGUGGACAAAGGUUAGAUCUUAGACUGUCUUGUAUUUUUCUCAUUCCUGUUGAUUACCUACCUCAAAAUUGAGUAUGUUUUUCCUCCUGCCUAACACAAAACUACUUAAGGGCAAAAAUUUAAAUUCUUCCUUGGUGUAUGUGCAAACAGGGUUGAAUAUAUUCAUGCCUACCUUAUUUUGGACUAGGAAUACAGUAGUAUACUUUCCGAAGACUUGCCUGAAUAGUAUAUAAGGUGGAGGCACCUGACUAGUUAGGUCAUUAUUUUUAGAAACUCUUAAUAGCUCAUACUCUUGAUGCCAAAAGCAGCCCUGAUUGUUAAAGCACACACCUGCACAAGAAGCAGUGAUGGUUGCAUUUACAUUUCCUGGGUGCACAAAAAAAAAAUUCUCAAAAAGCAAGGACUUACGCUUUUCGCAAAGCCUUUGAGAAGUUACUGCAUCAUAGGAAGCUUAUAACAAGAAUGGAAGAUUCUUAACUCACUUUCUUUGGUAUCCAGUAACAGUAGAUGUUCAAAAUAUGUAGCUGAUUAAUACCAGCACUGUGAACGCUGCACAGCCUUGUGGUUAUUACUAAGCAAGUUACUACUAGCUUCUGAAAAGUAGCUUCAUAAUUAAUGUUAUUUAUACACUGCCUUCCAUGACUUUUACUUUGCCCUAAGCUAAUCUCUAAAAUCUGAAAUGCUACUCCAAUAUCAAAAAAAGGGGGAGGUGGAAAUAUAUUUCCUGUGAUUUUAAGAGUGCAGAGAAUCAUUCACAUCUCUGGUUAGUUCAUAUAUGUCUAGUGUGUAAUAAAAGUCAAGAUGAACUCUCAA